ACACGUACUGUACCGGUACUUAUUCCAUCCCUUACCCUUUAGAAGGUGAUCUCAGUUUAAAAGGAGAGGGCAAAUUUUGCGAGAAAGGCGAGAGCACACAGCACUUUAAACCGCAGCAUAAAGUCAGAUCCAUCGGUCCUACCGGUAUUGUGUUGUGUUGUGUUGUAAUUAUCAACGAGCUCCUGGACUAGACUAAACUAGACUAUGGAAGAAGAAGAGAUUGACCUUGACACUGGUAUCCGUCGUAUCAUUCGACAGGAAGAACCACCGCCUCCUCCCCGCAACACCAAUAAGAUGCAAGAUGGUCGAACGCGGCUUCGGCAAGGUGUUUCGCCGUUUCUUCCUCCUCCCGUUGUGAGAGCCAUGUCGACGUUGGAUCCUCUACUGGAACCAUACGUAGGACCGGAAGCUUCCAUUACACUCUUGACGAGUCUCUUGGUGUGUGUCGUCCUGGUGCCUCUGCUGCAGUCACUGGUUGGUACCGGUACUAGUACCAGUAAAGCAUACGACGAUGAGGAAGACGAUUUGAAGGACAUGGCCAUGACGGCAGAAGACUAUGGCGAUACGGUGAUUCUCUGCGGCCCCAUGUGGGCUGGCAAGACACGCAUCUUGUAUCAUUUGUGUCAUUCCAAGGCAUCCAUGCCGACCGUCAUGAGUCUACGAGCCAAUGCCGCACUUUUGCCAACAAUCAAUAAUAAUAAAGAGGAAGACAACCAAAAGCCACUGCGUGUCCUCGACUAUCCAGGACAUUCCGGAUUGCAAGAUGAGCUCUUUCGAGAAUUGAUCCAGUCCAGUCAACAAAAUUCAUUGCGUCUCAUCUUGGUCGUCGAUUCCACACAACCGUUGACUACAGCGGCCGAUUUCUUGUAUGAUUUACUCCAAUAUGCCCACGACAAUGCGUCCUCAAAGCCAUGGCCCAUUUUGGUAGCCUGUCACAAAUCCGAUUUGAGUUCCUCCAAAAAUCCACGACGCAUCAAAAUAUCCCUCCGCACCGAAUUGGAAAAAUUACUGCAGGUACAACAAAUGGCCGAAGCGGCGGCUAAUAAUGACGACAAUGAUGAAAACAAUACCAACAAUAAAUGGUGGAAACCAGGAACCGAAUUGGAUCUGGAUCAAUUGGAAUAUGUCAAACUGAAAUUUGUGGCCACCACGUGCAAUGUGGGCGAUGGUAUUGAUCCCAUUGUGGAGUUUUGUAAACAUGGGACAAUGGAAUGAAUGAAUUCAAUCAUGAGGAAACGGCAUGAUUGCGACUCUCACUCAUUGAUACGAACACAAUUCUUCGGCUGACGAUCGAUUCAUGAGAGUGUUAAUCUCGCUGCUACACUUGCUACCGAUACGAGGGCAUAACGCUCCUUCGUCGUCCAGAGAUCAAACAGCUCACUGGCGUCCUCGACGUUCUGACUACACAUGCUACAGUAUGAGAGACAGGAUGUUUUCCACAAACUACAGGAUAUAGCGGCUAACGCUAAUAAGGGUAAAGGAGAUUCUGUUGU